CACUUCUUCACGCUUCAUUGUCAAGACCAUCUUCAGCCGCGCAGUGUUUCUUUCUAGCCAUUCGAUCGACAGCCUUGGUUGAAGGAUUCAAUGGCCCGACCGGCCACUUGAUCCAGGUGACGUGUAAUGUGCCAUCAGCCAGACGCCAGCUCUCCAUAAAGGUCCCCUCAAUACAAUCGACAUCUAACCCUCUUGUUACACUCAAACACUCAAUCAUACAAGUGACAACAACUCGAGACACUUCAAUAUGGCGCCACCUUGCGCGGAUCCGCGGCAGAUUGUCAUCACUCUGAACCCCGCCAGGCGAAAGGCCCUGCUGGCUCUUGUCCAAGGCAUCAUCGCUUGCAUGAUCUCCGAGCUGGAGACGCAUCCUGAUGAACUUGGCUCCAUUGCCCCAGACGAUGAAGGCAACAACUACGAUGAAACGCCUCCCCCGGACUCAGCUGGAAAGCCGGGCGGCACCUCUGCCUCUCAAGGUGGCAAGCCUCGAGGUCUACCGCAGCCGAGAAUCAAGACGACCCGCGAGGCAGAGAAAGCUCUAGGAGCGGCUCUGGCAUAUACCCUCGAAUGGAGGGAUGAAGUCGUAUCCAAGCUUGAGGAGAUUGUCAACGUCGAGGACACGCCAAAGAUUGUGGCGGAGAGGAAAGCUCGGCGGGAGGCGUUGGACAAGAAGCAGCUCGAGAUUCCCAAUAUCAAUUGCCAGCUUGUGGAUAUAGACGGCGUCCCGGUAGAUGCAACCGAGGAUAUCUCUACGCUGCAGUCGGCGUACAAACCGAUACCUACCAGGCUGACGACCAUCCCGGCUGAGGACCGAGAGGAGGCUCUUACCUGCAUCCUGCUGCUCCUCCUCUCCACCGGCAAAUAUUCUGCCCAUUCCCGCGCCCUCGUGCUCUAUCUCGCAUCGUCGUUGGAGCUCUCUCAGACCUUUCUUAACAAGACGGAAGCAGAGAUCGCCAUGUCCCUCAUGGAAUCUUCCACGGCCAGCAACGACCAGAGAGAGGCCAUGUCAGCAGAUGCCGAGGCGGCCAAGCGGCGACAGCAAAACAAGGUCAGCCGCUUUUGGAAAGUUGGCCUGGCGUCUGUGGCCGGCGCUGCGGUGAUAGGAGUCACUGGAGGCCUGGCCGCUCCGCUCGUUGCGGGAGCCAUUGGCAGUGUGCUGGGAGGCGUUGGCCUGGGAGGAGUGGCCAGCUUUCUCGGCAUCUUUUGGAUGAACGGGGCUUUGGUCGGGACUCUCUUUGGAGCCUAUGGCGCCAAGAUGACUGGCGAAAUGAUGGACAACUAUGCCAAAGAGGUCGAAGACUUUCGCUUCCUCCCUCUCAAAGAAGACGCCAUGACAGACGUUCCAGAAAACAUCACCAAAAAGCAAAAAGAACAGCGCCGCCUCCGCGUCACCAUCGGCAUCAACGGCUGGCUCAAUUCGGAAGACGACAUCACGAAGCCGUGGCGCAUCCUGGGCACGGAAACGGAAGUCUUUGCUCUGCGAUACGAGAUGAAGGUCCUUCUCACUCUCGGCACCGCCCUAAACGACCUUGUCCGCUCGUUUGCGUGGACGGCGUUCAAGUCCGAAGUCAUCAAGCGGACCGUUCUGGCGACGCUCUGGGCCGCCCUCUGGCCGAUCCAGGUGCUGGCCGUGGCCUCCAACGUGGACAACCCGUUCAACCGCGCAAACAACCGGUCUCGCAAGGCCGGGCAGCUCCUUGCCGAUGCGCUCAUCAACAGAGUGCAAGGCGAGAGGCCGGUGACGCUCGUGGGCUACUCUCUCGGCGCGACGACGAUCCACGCCUGUCUGCAGUCUCUCGCCGAGCGCCACGCCUUCGGCCUCGUCGACACGGUCGUCAUCAUCGGCACGCCGGCGCCCUCUGACCCGGCACACUGGCGGGCGAUCCGGCCUGUUGUCUCGGGCAAGAUCUUCAAUGUCUAUUCGGAGAACGACAUGGUCUUGGGCUUCGUCUACCGGAUGCACAGCCUCGCGCUCGGCGUCGCCGGACUGCAGCCCAUCAAGGACGUCCAUGGAAUUGUCAAUGUGGACUUGAGCGAGAGCGUCAGCGGACAUCUUCGGUACCCUUCUCUCACGGGCGAAAUCCUGCGCAAGUGCGGCUUCGUCAACGUCAAGGCCGGAAAGGACAUUGAGAGAGACGACGUGAUCCAGAUGAAGGACAAGGAAGAGGAUCUCAUCGACUUCCAAGACCGCCCCAGCCACAAGGUCAGCGAAGCAGACAAGUCAGCCGAAGCCCUUCAAGGCCUGACAAUCACCCCUCCGGGUCUCGUGCCGCAACACGCCAAUCCGCCUCUUCCCAAACGACCGACCGACGACGAUGCUGACCUCGAAAGGCCGAGCCUUCCCCCCCGGCACACAGAGUCCGUGCCUCCUCCUGUCACGCAAGAUAACAACGAGGCUCCUCCUUUGCCGAGGCGCCAGACGGCUCCCUUGCCGGAGCUGAGGAUCCCGCGACGGCCGGUGCCGGGGACGAACAUGGUGGAGGAGCCGGCCAGUCCCAUGACGCCGCUGACGCCGCAGUAUGAUUCCGAUGAUGAGCGUCAUGUGUCUAUCUCGAUGGUAGAUAGGGAUGGGGAGGAUGAUGAUCACCGGGAUUAG